AUGCAGAACGCACUCACACCACCAGCUUCUCGAUCCCCCGAGCUGCAACAACUGAGCUGCACGAGUUGCCGCCACAGGAAGGUCAGGUGCAACAGGAGAGACCCAUGCCUCAACUGCGUCAAAACAGGCAUAACUUGUGUUUUCCCGGAACCAGCAAGAAACCUACGCAAGAUUCGCGAGUCACCAAGAACCGAUCUUGGCUACCGACUAAGACGACUAGAAGAUCUAGUUCGUGACCUUCGGAAUCCCAUGUACUCAGACGCGGACGCCGUGCGGUCUACCGCGGCUCGCAGUGGUCAAACAACAACGAUUGAAAAAUGCCCAUACCUCGAUACAGAUCCACGGGUGGUACCACGGAAACAGGGCACCCCAGAGGAGUUUGGACGGCUAGUGGUUGACCAUGGAUGCGGUCGCUAUAUAAGUAAUCGGCUAUGGGCGAGCCUCAGUGACCAGAUCGACGAGCUGCAUGAGCUACUGGAGCCGUCGUAUCGCAGUGUUGGUGAAUAUCUGUCCCCAGACAGUAGCCCACCAAGUAACUACCACCAGAACGACUGCUUCCUCUUCGGGUUCAACUCUGUUGCGCACUCGCUAGCGAAUUAUCAUCCGUCCGCGAGACAGAUAUCUGUUUUGUGGCAUAAAUAUGAACAGAAUGUGGCCCCUCUUGUAAUGGUCCUACACCCGGAGACCGUCAACUUGGCUUUUCAAUGCUAUCAAGUUUGUCCGGAUGUCUUGGAUGAAGUUUCUGAGUGUCUGCUUUUUGCGGUGUACUUCUCAGCUGCGGUCAGCAUGAGUGCAGACGAAUGUCUCGUGGAAUUUGAGGAUAGCAGAGAAGCAGUAACCAGCCACUUCAGAUUUGCUCUAGAACAGGGGCUUGCGAAGGCAGGUCUGACGACUUCCAAGAACCUAAAUCUGCUCCAGGCUGCUGUUCUUUACCUAAAGGGGCUACGUGGGCUAGGAGAGACAAGGUUUGCCUGGACAAUGACUCCUCUUGUUAUCCGUCUUGCCACUGGCCUGGGUUUACAUCGGGACGGCUCAGCCUUUGGACUUGAGCCAUUCGAGGUGGAGAUGCGCCGUCGUGUGUGGUGGUGUAUUUGUAUACUCGAUGUUCAAACGGCAGAAGAUCAGGGCACGGAUCCUAUGCUGCAUGAUGUCUUUUACGACACUCGGCUUCCGUUGAAUAUCAACGACGAAGAUGUCGGCCCCUUCCGCAAAGACCUACCGCAAGAGCGAUUUGGCUAUACGGAGUUAACUUACUUUCUCUUGCAAUGCGAGGUGGCGUUGGCUACACGCCGACUGACUUAUCAUCUUGCCGGGAGUCCCUGCCCUGCGCUUCAAUCAAUUGAAGAGCGUGAAUCUCUUGUUGAAAAUCUGGACAGACGGCUAAAUGAGCGAUACAUCUGCCACCUUAAUGCCAAUUCGGCCCUUCAGUGGGUCUGCAUCAAGUUUGUCCGCAUUUCCGUUGCUAAGCUGACCUUAAUUAUACACCAGCCGCUGGACAAGGGACAGAAGAUCGCCUCGUUCCCUUCUGAUGUACGAGACAAGAUCAUUUGCCAUGCAAUCGAGAUGAUUGAACUUAGCCAUACUAUGCAGAUGGAUGCUAGGCUCUCAAGGUGGAAGUGGGAAUUCCAAACCCAAAUACCUUGGCACGCAUUUGCCUUUGUCUUGUCUGAGAUGUGCUACGGCAGGGAAAACUCAACAAUAGAGCGUGCAUGGCCCUCUAUAAGUCUGAUAUUCAAAGAGUGGCAAAAGGACGCGACGAGUCAGAGCAGAACCAUCUGGCGACCUUUAUCAAAACUCAUGGUACGAGCAGCAUACUGCCAGAGUAGACAAGACGGCGAAGGUUUAACACGGAGAUUUCCGCGUCCACCCGAUUCCCAAUCGCACAAUACGAACUCUUGGGAUCUUGCCGGGGAUAUGUUCCCUUCUCUCGAUCCGAUAUUGCAAGGAUCGUACGCCUCCGUUAUGUGUUCGCCCUUCCCGAACGCCGAUCCGCACCCGACGAACUCGAGAGAUGGAGAGACGCUCGGCGACUGUGGUGUCUCGUGUGGCUUUGAUUCGGACAUGGCCGGCCGGCAGGUCUUGCCGCGACAAUUAAACGAUGUACCUCGUUUUCUGUCAACGGCACGGUCCGUGUCUCGGUCGAAUGCUGGGCAACACUGGCAUUCUCCUCCGGCAACAGGAUAG